AAUGGGCUUUGAGUGAUUUAACACACUUAUCAGAGCUACUUUCAAACAUGUGUACUUCACAAAAGUUGUUACUUUUACUUCUUGGACAAAGAAAAACAUAUCUAGAUGUCUUUUGGCAUUGGAGCAAACACCUAACCAGAAAAUAUAACCACCGUGUACAUCCAUAUCUAGCAUCUGAAUGACAUAGAGGGCGCUGCUGGACUAUCCAGGUCACUUCUUGCCCAGCUGAAUUGGAGCUAGAUACACUAGAUACACUGAAGAGAAGUGAUCUUUGCUAGAGCUUCUACGGAUUAGAAAGUCUCCCUCCAUGUGUGUUCAUAGAUCAGCGGGGUUGCAUUUCUAUUAUUAGCACCCCGUUCAAGCGUGCACAACAAGCACUCAUCAUGUUGAUCACUUUUGUGAUCUUUGCCGUGGUUUUCAUACUGGGAUUGGUUUGCUUCACCAUAUACCUGGUUCCACCGGUUGGCAAGAAGCAAUGUUCCGUUCCUGGUUUGGAGCCUUCGGAUGACAAAUUGGGCAACAUUCCCGAUAUCACACAAGCAGGGAGCUUUCAUGAGUUUUUGGUGGACCUUCACGAUAAAUUUGGGUCCAUUGCUUCCUUCUGGUACGGAUCCCAAUUUUGCGUUAGUUUAGGAGCAUGGAAGCUCUUCAAGGAAGUGGUCCCAUUAACCGACCGACCCCGCAGCAUUUUUGCGGCCCUGGAACCUUUGGUGGGAACAAGAUCUGUCCGUUCGUUGAAUGGCACAGCUGGACUGGGUCGUCAUCGCCUUCUUUCGGAUACAUUUUCGGCCAAGAAUUGCACCCGAUUUCUGCCCGAAUUCAACAAGAUUUCCCUGGAAUUGGUGGAAAAUUGGCAAAACAUUCCCAAAGACGAUCACAUUCCUCUCCAUGAUUACAUGAUGGCUUUGGCCAUCCGCCUCCUGACCUCUUCUCAAUUGGGCGCGUAUUUCAAAGUUGAUGCCAAUACAAUGGAGUUUCAGCAACUCUAUGAAUCGGUUAUGGCUGAUUUAGAGGCCGUGAUCAAUGGUGACCUCACUGUCGAUGAAAAGGGCAACACCAGAGGGAAAAUGUUCCAAAAGAACUUGACAUCCUUCCAAACUAAGGUCGCCCAAAUCAUUUCAGCCCAAAGGAAUGCCCGAAAUCGAGCGGAUGACCAAUUGGUGCCAAGUGCACCGUUGUUGGACACCCUUUUGAUGAAUUCAGCCGAUGAUGAGGAAAUCAUGUGCGACAUCAUUGCCUUUGUCGUGGAAGGGUUCCAUUCAACAGGCAAUCUCCUGACAUGGACACUUUACUAUCUAGCCAUUCAUCCCGAGAUCCAGGAGAAAGUCGCCAAAGAAGUUGAAAAGGUUUUCAACAAACUGGAUAAAGACAACCCAAAAAUCCAUGACAAAGACAUCAAAGAGCUCAAGUAUCUGGGUCAGGUAGUGGAUGAGGCCAUACGGAGCAGUGCCAUGAUUCCAAUGGCUGCUCGCAUCGAUGAAACCAAGGAUCUCAAGAUUGGUGGCUAUCGCAUCCCACCCAAUACUGCCAUUGUCCAGGCGAUUGGGGUCACCCUGCAGGAUCCCAAGACUUUUAAAGAGCCAAAUAAAUUUGAUCCGGAUCGAUUUUCCCCCGAGGCCACCAAAAAGCGGAACGGCCUGGCUUUUUCACCCUUUGGCGUUGGGACUCGAAAAUGCCCGGGCCAUAAAUUCGCUUUUUCCGAGACCUUUGUGGUCGUGUCCCACCUAAUCCGGAAGUUCAAGUUGACGCCAGCCUUCGAAACUGACUACUUUGUCGAACCCAAAUACGGCCUUGUCACCAAGCCCGAAACCGAGAUCUGGCUCAAAAUCUCUCCUCGAGAAUAAUCGAAAUACAUCCAUGUUGUCACCCAGUCA